CCGCUCAUUCCGUAAAUUGCUGCAACCGCUUGACCAGUUCAUCCAACGUUGACCCUCAUUUCCCGAAACCUCACGUCUAAUUUGUACGUCGCCUCUCAUAUAUUCCUUUUACUUACUUCCAACUUGUGACCACACGCUUCGUCCACGUUAUUGCAAGUCAGCCCAGCAGCAACUUCAGUCAGUAUCUUGGUGAUAGUAACAUGACCGAUAGGACAGCAACCUCACAGCAAGGUGUCCGAGCAGAGCCUAAGUUUCUGAGAGAUCCAACCUCCCUGGAAUCACUGUCGUCUGGUAUAUCUCGUAUUUCUUCUUACGUUGCAUCCAAUCUGCCAAAGAAGAGAACUAGUCUACCCUCCUUUAUGUCGACUGUCGAUCCACCGUACAACACGCACUAUGUGUACGGCGUACCUCAAUCUUUGCCUUCAACUAUGAGUUCUGAACCAUCUGAGCAGCAACUUAAUGGAACCGAACUCGAUACCCCAGCCGAAGUAUUUUCGUCUCCUACUUUUGCCGCCUUUGACACUAUGAAUGUGCGAAGGAAGGAUCAAAAGACCCUAGGCAGUAUCAAAUGCUUGACGGUUGGAUAUCAUGAUGGGUUUCAAAUUUGGGAUGUUUCUCAUCCUGACAAUAUCCAUGAACUCUGCUCUAUUCGAGAUGAAGACCUCUUUGCCAAUGUUACUGCUAUUCACAGCCUCGUGACACCUCGCAAAGAUAAAUAUCAUGGGAAGGAAUCUGACAAGUUUGAAAAGCAACGCCCUCUUGUUGCUAUUGUUUCGAACCACCCUGUGGCAAGUGAGAAUGCUCAAAAAGAUUCUCAUGAAGGAAACUCGCUUGAUCCUACUGCGCAUACACUUUCACAACCAGGAAAUUUGAGACCGCAGACCAAAUGCCGGGUCCAAAUUUACUCCUUGAGCACACAUCAGGUGGUCAAAACUCUAGAUGAUCUUGAUAGUGAGGAAUCUUUGGAAGUGACAGGUAUUCAAAGCAACGAAAGGGUGAUCACACUGGUAAAUAUACGGAGGUACUUUUCCUUUCAAACAAAGAUAUGACUCAUGAUGUUCAUUUUUAU